UUAAUUACUUAUACCGGUAAAGUUUAAAAUCUCAUUAAAUAACAUACAAUUAGAGUUUAGAAAUUAGCUUAGAUCUAGUAACCAAUACAAAAGAAACUAAAUUGUUGGAGUUUUAAAAAACAUUUUACCUGUAUAACUAUUUUAUAGUGUAAAAUACAUGCUUGACUAACCAUGCCCAUGUGCUAUUUUUUUUUUGUCUGACCACUAGAAAUACAACUAACACUAUUGCAUGACCCUUAAACGCGCAAGGGAAAAAAACAGGGUGGUCUUGUCUUUAUGGACUGCACACUCAGUUCACUAUAUAGGCCUACGUCUAUAUAUAUCUGGCCAGGUUGUUAAAAUCAGUCGGAAACACUGUCUAUUUACUUAUGGGCUGGGAGGGUGUGUAACUAUUUUAGUGUAAAGAACAUGCUUGACUAGCCAUGCCUCGUCUGACCACUCCACAUUAAUUAAGCAAAUACUAUUGCAUAACGCGUAAUGAAAAAAAAAAUGCCUUCUAUAUCAGUCUGUAGAAAUUGAGCAAUGGGAAUUUUUUUUUAAUUUAUAAAAUAAAAUGUUCUUGAACUUGAUAGAUCUAUAUUACUGCUCGUUUUGCUAACUAUCAAGAGGUUUUGCUUUUGAGCAACAAUAGGCAGCACCAAAAUUUGAUAUAUUAUGGAUCAUGUUCUGCAGAGUCUGCCAUUAAUGACAAUGCUCACAGCUCAGCAACAAAACAGGGUGGGGUGCCUAUCCCCUAAAGGAAACAACUGCAUGCCAAAGACAAUCUUUUUCUAUGAGCAUAAAGGAGAAAAGCGAAAAAGUGUUUCAGAUCAAAUAGAGAGUUGCUCUUACUUUCUAUAAAUUCCAAAACAUGGGGAAGACUAAAAUGCAAAUAUCUUGGUGUGUACCUUGAGAUAGAAAAUAAAAUGGAGUCUGUCAUUGACAAAAGCUGAAGAUGACAAAAAGAGAACUUAAACUCACCCAGUUUACAGCUGUUUCCUUUGUGUCAGAAAUUGACAAAGUAUGUGGAUCAUGGCUGGGUCUUUAUAUCCACGCACUUCAAGAGAUUUGAUGGACUACAGAGAAACAGAUGCCUUAGUGAUGGACUAUUCAGAUUCAAAUCCUGCUCAAAGCAGGUCACUAACUGUUACCAACACUGAUGAUGAAAGCUUACUGAAUGCCAUGAUUGAUGGAAUGGGCACUCAUGGUGCACAACAUGAUCUCAAUGGUUACAUGCAUAGUUUUGAACAGAGUGAUCAUCAUUAUGAGGAUGCAAAUGACUAUACUGGUGCCAGUAAUGUCAUGGACACUUUGGAAGACCUAUCUUUAGAGUUUGGCAAGUAUGAUGAUUUUCACACAAUAGACUGGCUGAGGGACAUUGCCAGAGACAGAAUGCAUCAUAGGCAGGUUGUUAAAAAACGCCAAGGUGGCUUGUGGAGGAGGCUUAAGGGAGCCCAUGAUGCCUGGUCAGGAUGGGUCUGUGUGCUUCUAGUAGGCUUAGCUGCAGGUACAUGUGCUGGCAUUGUUGACAUUGGCACAUCUUGGAUGUCAGAUUUAAAGGAAGGUGUUUGUCUUGAUGCUUUCUGGUUUAACAGGGAGCAGUGCUGCUGGAGUGGAUCAAGCAACAAUGAAACGUCCCUGAGUGAAGAAACAGACUGUGGUCAGUGGCACUCUUGGAGUCGCAUGUUUGGAGUAGAAGGGGAUGGCACAGGUUCUUACUUCAUUGCCUACUCAAUGUACAUUCUUUGGGCAGUAUUUUUUGCUAUGGUUGCUGCCCUGUUAGUGCGAAUGUUUGCCCCUUAUGCUUGUGGUUCUGGUGUACCUGAGAUCAAAACAAUUUUAAGUGGUUUCAUUAUCCGUGGUUACUUGGGCAAGUGGACACUCCUCAUUAAGUCUUUGGGUAUGAUGUUGACUGUGGCAUCAGGUCUCAGUUUAGGUUAUGAAGCUCCAUUCGUUCAUGUGGCCUGUUGUUGUGGCAACAUCUUCUCAUACUUGUUUCCUAAAUAUAGCAGAAAUGAAGCCAAGAAAAGGGAGAUACUAUCUGCAGCUGCAGCAGCUGGUGUGAGUGUGGCCUUUGGAACUCCCAUUGGUGGGGUACUAUUCAGUUUAGAAGAAGUCAGUUACUACUUUCCAUUAAAAACUUUAUGGAGAUCAUUUUUCUGUGCACUGGUGGCUGCCUUCAUCUUGAGGUCAAUUAAACCAUUUGGAAAUGACUACUUGGUGAUGUUUUCUAUAGACUAUAAUGAACCUUGGACACUUCUGGAAUUGAUUCCUUUCAUUCUUAUUGGAGCUCUAGGGGGACUAUUUGGUGUCUUUUUUAUUAAAUAUAACAUCAAGUGGUGCAAGUUUAGGAAAACUUCACGUCUUGGGAAAUUUCCAAUGUUUGAAGUUCUGGGUUUGGUCUUGAUUACCUCCCUGCUUAGUUAUCCGAACCAUUACACCAGAAUGAACUCAAGUGAAUUAAUCAGGCUCUUGGUCAGUCGUUGUGGACCAGAAGAUAACUCAGAACUAUGUGAUUAUAAUCGCAAUUCUGAUUUAUCUGAGCCUUAUAAGUGGUCAGCAUUGGCUGGAGAAGGAGUUGGCAGUGCAGUGUGGAAACUGACCCUUGCUCUUCUCUUCAAGAUGAUCAUUACAAUAUUUACUAUUGGUACUAAAAUUCCAGCUGGUUUGUUUAUUCCCAGCAUGGCCAUUGGUUCAAUCAUUGGGAGACUCGUAGGAAUAGGAAUGGAACAGCUAGUUGUCAACAAUGUUGACAGUGUAUUCUUCUCCAAGAUUUGUGAGUCUCAAGACAAAUGCAUCAUCACACCAGGUCUCUAUGCCAUGGUAGGAGCUGCAGCUGCCCUUGGUGGAGUCACACGUAUGACAAUAUCACUAGUGGUCAUUAUGUUUGAGUUGACUGGUGGUCUUGAGUACAUAGUACCCAUGAUGGUAGCUGUAAUGACCAGCAAGUGGGUUGGUGAUGCCUUUAACAGAGAUAGUAUUUAUGAUGCUCAUAUUACCCUCAAUGGAUAUCCAUAUCUUGAUCACAAGGAAGAGUUUACACAUACAACUAUAGCUGCUGAUGUCAUGAGACCCCGGAGAAAUGAUCCACCCCUGGCAGUCAUUACACAAAACUCUUGCACAGUGGAAGAAGCUGAAAAUUUACUGAGGAAUACAGAGCAUAAUGGAUUUCCUGUGGUGGUCUCCAGGGAGUCUCAAUAUUUGGUAGGAUUUGUGCUUAGAAGGGAUCUCAAUCUAGCAAUUGCUAAUGCUUGCAAAACUUCAGAUGGUGUAGUCAGUAACUCUAUUAUAUAUUUGACUGAACAAGUCUCUUGUGACCCAAAUGGACCAGCACCUCUUAAAUUGAGGAAAAUUCUUGACUUGGCCCCAGUGACCAUCACUGACCAGACACCGAUGGAGAUAGUGGUGGAAAUGUUUAGAAAGCUUGGCAUUCGACAGACACUGGUCACUCAUAAGGGCUGCCUGCUUGGUAUCAUCACCAAGAAAGAUGUCCUUCGACACAUUGCUCAGCUGAGGAACCAGGACCCAGAGUCUAUUCUCUUCAACUAGAUCUGACAUUGCAGAUAAUUUGUUGUGAACAAAAUCAUGCUCUCAGUGACUGAACCUUCAUUUGUUCAUCAUCAAAUCAUUCUGGAACAAAAUUUAUAAUGCAUUUUGUACACAAAAAAUAUUUAUUUUGAGAUGCUUUCUUACCCUACACAUAUUAAUUUGUAAUAUUUUAUACUUAUGUGAGAAUGGAUUAUGUAUGUACUACGCAUGUUUUAGAGGGCUAGACUAUGCAAAGAAUCAAAUGCAAAAGUCUUUUAUAAAGAUUUUACAUAUAAAUUUUUCGUAACUGUACAUACUAUUGAAAUAUUUGUUUAUUUUUGUUUCUUGGAGGAGACAGUAGAAGUUAAUAAGAAUUGUAGGCCAUGGACUGAACAUAAGUUUCCUUGAUUUUGUAAUGUAACCUGCCUCAGUUAAACAAACUGACUACUUAACAACUACAGAUUAUUUAGAUUUUGAGGGGAAUAGUUUUGUAUAAAAGUGGAACAGUCAUUUAACCCUUUUUUUUUUUUUAAGUACAAAUAUUUAAAAGCAAAGUUCCAGACAACAUAUUAAACUAUAUUAUAUUCAGGCAGCAAUGAUAGAAUUGAAAUAUUUUUUACUCUUGUGUGCAUUUACAUUCUUUACUAGAGACAUACAAACAUGUAAAGCAAUGUUAUUUCUGGUUCAGGUGAUGUAAAGCUUGAUAUGGUUAUCAUUAUUAUUUUUUUCUUUUAAUAAUUGAAGAUGAAAGGACAAAAUUCCAACCUUUGUAUAACUUAUAACCUUGAGACAUUCAUAUUAGAAUGUCAAGGUUUUAUAACUCCACAUUUCCACAGUUUGAAUUAUAAAUCUGGGUUGGCUCAAAUGAACCAGUGCAGAUAAACCAUUAAAGAAUCAAUAUUUAUAAGCAUAAUUCAUCCUGACUUUGGAAGGAUGGCACCUCCCCCCCCAACACACACACAUGAUUGCUAAUCAGGUGUUACUUUUAUUUAUCACUAUUUGCACUGUAAAUAGUCACUCUUGAUAUGUCAUAAGUACUUCAUGAUUUCUAUGAAGUCAAAUGUUGAUGUCAACUGAAAGUUAAAUGAAUGUGAUAUUUAAUGUACAUUUAUAAAAUCAAUAUUUAUAACCUAUUGAUUUUUUAAUUUUUUUUUAUUUUGUAUCGAGACAUGUCUGGUUUACUUUAUAAUAAGAAUAUUUGAAUGAAUAGAAAUAUAGAUACAUAUAUAGGCACUAUAACAAGAGAGAACGGGCAACGUCUGCAAACUACGCAAUCAACUGAACUUACUUUCUCUAAAACUAAAAAGUCGAAAGUCUCUAUGUUAAUGAUUGUGUUCCAUUCUGUGAUUCUGCUGCAUUGUUGGGACUACCUACAGAUCACUGAUUUGUGACUAAAUGUGAUGUUCUGUCAAGAGAAAUAGUCAAAGUGGGGCUAAAGCUUACAACACAACACCUGAGAAGCACCUAUGAAACUUCUAAAGCAAUUCAACUAAAGGUUGAAAAUAAAUGCUGUCAUAAACGAGGAUGCUGAAGUUGAAAUUUACAUUAUCUCAUUUGGGGACAAACUUUUGCCAAAUACAUUUUUUUUUAUCAUGGAUUUUAGAGGCGGACAUCUUGCAAUUGGCGCCCCUUGGGAACCCUUGGAAAACCCAGAGAGAAAGAUGCAGUUAGGGGGAAUGUUUUUACGUUAGCUAAUCCUAAAAUAGACAGCUAGUGCCCAGGGCGGCUGAACAUCGCUUUGCACUGAUGUGCCAAAGGGAAAUUUUUUUAGAGAUCAUUUGCAAAUUAUGAUAAGAAAAUAGAUAUUCAGAAAAAGGCUUUUCAUGACUUGAGUCUAGCUUCUUAAAUAGACAAUGACAACUAGGGCCAUUAUACAUCCUACCAAAGAAAGACCUCUUUUUUUUUUUGACUGGCAUUAUGUGUUCAAAUAUGUCCAACACUUCAAUCUCUGGUGUUUUUCUAUCCUUCCUAUCAAAUGUUUCUAUAUUCAAAGCUGCUCAUUGCUCCUUAACCCUUAAAACGCGUGUGGCAGUUUAGCCUCUAAAAUAAAACAUCAGAAUAGUAAUUCCAUUUUGUAUGCACUCAUUCUAAAACAGCUCAGCACUUUAAGGGUUAAGGUGGGGGUUUUUUUCAUUCUUAUUGGAAGAUCAUUUUCUCUGACCAAAGCACAACACACUGGAAGAUGCAAUAGAAAACUAGAAGAUACAAGAGAGAAUUAGAUGUGCACAACUAACUAGAAUAUACAAGAGAGAAAUAGAUGUGCACAACUAACUAGAAGAUACAAGAAAGAAAUAGAUGUGCACAACUAA